AUCUGAAUCUUGACUCAUCUCUUGAAUCCUUAUUGUAAACGUCUUGGCAACUCGAUAUCUAACUCAGGAUGAACCCAAUGUGGCAAUCCUUGAAGCGAGCUUUGACGUGCAUCCGGCUUUCUUGUCUACCAUGUACAACAACUUCGUCACUAUGGUCAUUUUCCCUACUCAGGGCAUGAGGACUCUAGACACCUCGUCCGGGAAACAUACUUAAGUUGGACCUGCUCAGGCAGUAUGGCACUCAUCAUCUAGAUUCUGCUUCCUGCCUGCUAUCCAUCCCAACUUGAAAUCUAUCCACCAAUACUCAUUUUUGUAGUCAUCCAUACUAUCCUCCAAUGGCUUUUAAUCUCGCAAAAAUCGAUGUAGAUGAUCUGACGGGAAUGGUCGUGACGACCGACAUUGGCAAUCGCCCAUUCGGCAGUGGAAGCUUCGCAGACGUUUGGACGGGAAUCUACACCACGCAAGGUUAUAGUUAUACCGUAGCUGUGAAGAUCUUGAGAUCAUCACUUCUGUCAAACAACCGCAUUGCGGACAAAACCAUACGGGUAUGUAAAUCGUUUAUUCAUAGGUCAUCCUUUUUACUUGUCUGCCUUCAGAAAAUUUUGCGAGAGGCAAAAAUUUGGAGCACGCUGGAUCAUCCCAACGUGGCUCGAUUCAUCGGUGUGUACUAUGAACAACAUACACAGAGGUAUCGUAUCCCCCGUCUAGUAUCAACGUUUUAUAGGAACAGAACACUGAAAGACCGUCUGGUGCAUAUCCACAACAACCACGAGAGAUGGCAACUUUUUCGCCAAUUUUUGUCUGGAUUAGAAUAUCUGCACCGCAACAAAGUCAUCCAUGGAGACCUCAAACCUACAAAUGUUCUCAUUGACGACUCUUGGAAUGCAGUUUUGACGGACUUCGGCCUUUCCCUUGUCCUUGAAGCUCAUGGUUUCACGACGACUACUGUAAAUUCGGUUGGCACACUCCGUUAUAUGGCACCAGAGUUGAUGAAUCCCGCGAACACUUCGGCAUCAGCACUGCUACCCACCGUGCAAUCGGACAUCUGGUCGGCAGGUAUGACGGGUCUAGAGAUUUUAUCUGGCAUUGUGCCGUACCCCGAUCAGAUUGAGGAUACCGAGCUUAUCGUGUGUAUCUCUGGAGGGGAAAUACCCAGCAGGAAUAGUCACCCUCGAGUGUCAAGGACGACAUGGUCGGCGCUGGAGACCUGUUGGGAAAAGGGCGGGAAGCGACCAGCUGUAUCUACAUUGAUAAGAUACUUGGAUGCAAAUUAUCCCAGUUUGCAGUUAUAUAACACGGACUUGACGAACAAUGCUAUAGUUUUGGUUUCAUAUCAAUAGUGAAUCCAACGUCUUCCAAAGAUCGACUUUGCCAACCGACCAACCAAAGGAAAUAAUUGUGGGUGAAGAAAAGCUUUUUCCGAGUUCGCCUGCCGUCGCGCAUAUCUGGCAGCAGUACCUUGCGAUAUUAUGGCAAGCUUAAAAACAACCAGGUGAAUAUAUACUAUCCUGUACCUGGGUAUAGCACGUACCCGGAAGAGUAUCCAACUACGGACAAAGACCAUUAAUUUCUUUGAUGGGAUAUGGUUGGUUGGUCG